CGUGGUUGUGGAAAUCGCCGGGUGCAAGGCACUUUACUAAGCCCUCGUCUGCAACAUGUAGAUGCUCUAGACACGCGCACACAAAUUCGUGAUUCUGCACGGUGAAGAGCAAACUGCUUCUCAAAACACCAAAGGCUUACGAAGAUUCGGAGAUUCUGAACAUGGUGGAGCAAAUGGCCCUCUCGUACUCGGAGAAGGAGUAUCAGAAUUACUUCCAGACGUACCAGGCCAUGGUGAGAACGGCUUACGAGUCCAGCAGCUACAUUCUACAGCUGGGUUGUGUCAUCGUGCUUCUGGUGCUUUGCGUCUGCUUCUACAGGUUGAAGCAGAAUGCUCGUCUGGGGCCGAGAUAUUGGCCCUUGCUGGGCAGCGUCCGCGACAUCUCGGCGCAUUACUGUCAUCUACACGAUUGGCUCUUGGGGUUCUUCCUCUUCGCCAAAACCAUUCACGUCCGCAUGCCCUGGGGCCGAGUUUUCUACUGCACCGUGGAUCCAAUCAAUGUCCAGUACUUGCUCGAAACGAACUCCGUCAACUUCCGCAAGGGCAAAGGCUUCUUCAAGCGCAUGGAAGUAUUGCUGGGCCAGAAAGAGCUUCAUGAGUCGUGGAUUAUGAGGAAGUGGGUGGCCUCGGAGUUCUGCAAACCUUCGGUCUGCGACCUUACUGCUGCUGUAAUGAAGAAGAAAACUUGUACAAUCGCUCGGCCUCUGGCUGAAGUAGCUGGAAAAGGCACCACCGUGGACAUCCAAGAUUUAUUUCAAAGGGCGACAUUGGAUGUGAUCGGAAAAGUGGCGUUUGGAGUAGACUUUGCCUCUCUGCCAUCUGCUCUUCCAAAGCCAUGGCCACACAUCGCGUUCGCUUCAUCUUUGGACUUGGCCACCACCAUCGCGGUCAAGCGCUUCAGUGAUCCUUUCUGGGAGCUCAAACGGUACUUGAACAUCGGUACAGAGCGCGUGUUUUCGGAGCAAAUGCAAGUAGUGGAUGGGUUUACCUUUAGCCUGAUUGCUGACAGAAAAGCCGAGCUCAAGCAUCUUCAUGGGCAAGUUUACGAUCUGACUCAAGCUUACCUGGCUCACGUCGAAGGAGUAUGUUUCACUCAUCUCACAUCUUGCUCUCUGAAUUGCUGCAGCUGGUGGCACCAGCGUAGUCAGUCACAGGUGCACAGAUCGUGGUCCUCGUGCAAUGGAUGAUAAUCUGAGAUAUAGAUUCGAGCUCAGUUGUUGUGGUCAUGCCUGCAGACCCCAUAUGCGAGAGAUCUCGU